AUGCCAAUGGGAAAGCCUUUUUAUAGUAAGAUUUCAACUAUUUCAUCAUGGAAUUUACAAGAAUACAUAGCAACACUAUCUAGCACUAAUGCAUGCCUAUUAUUUGAAAAUAUUUCUUGCGUAACUGAAUUGUUUUCAUCACUUUCUGAAUUACAAAAAAAUAUUGUAUCCAGACUUAUGAUUUUGGGGAAUGAACAUGGGAAUUAUAUGGGAGAAAAAGCAAUGAAUAUCUGGGUGCUUACAUCGAAAAAAAACGAAUUGGAAUUCGCACUUAAGAAAUUAAGAUCAUUGAAAAUAAUCAAAGUAAAUGUCCUAGAUUCUAGUUCUCAAAAGAGUAUAUCCGAUUCUAUUUCUGUGCAAUACCAAUUAAAUCCAAUAUUCCAAAAAACUUUAACAAAAUUCAUAUUUGAAGGGGGUGCAUCUAUCGGUUUAGAAGUACCUAAGAAAAUAUCUGAAAUCGGAAUAUCAUAUAUAUCCCUUACGAGAUUUGUAAGAAGAAAAUGGAACAAUAUUUUGAACAUAAUUGUUGAGCUAAGUGGUAAUAAGAAUAUUCCAAGAAAUAACAAUGUUCUAGAUAAGUUUCAAUUAAUUUCUCGUGACACAAUAAAAGUUCUGGAUAGCAUUAAUUUGAUUUCUUGGAACCUUAAAAAAGACUUCAGUGAAAGUUCCUCAAAUUCAAAGGGGUUCAGAAUUCAGAUUAAUAACAGCAAUUUACUUCAAGAUAGCAAUGAACAGUUGUUUGAUGGUUUUGAUCAAGAAGAUCGAUUUAGUCUUCAAAAUGACCAAAAUGCACUAGACAUAUAUAAUGAUACAAAAUAUGAAGUAUUUGAAAGCAACUCUAACAGUGAAGAAGAGUAUUUACCUGCUAAUACAAAGAAAAUGAGACAAAAAAAGUCAAUUAUGAGCAUUAAGCAUACUCAUACUAAAAGCCAAAUGGAUAAAAUAUUUGAACAGAAGUUGACACCAAAAGCUUUUUGUUGGUUACUAUGCGACACUUGCAGCCAGUUAUUAAUACUUUUAAACGGAUUUAUAAAAAUGGUUGAAACCGAAUCAAGCACAAAAUUUGAAGAAUACAAGUUUAGUCGAGUAAACAAUGGAAAUACAUUCAAUCCAACUAUUUCAAGUUUAAUAAGUUUAAUACUGAGUAUCUCAAGCUCAAAAAUUGGCCAGCCAAUUUCAAUAACUAAAAAAAUGAUGAAUAAUGUAUUGAUAAGAUUUAUAUUAUUUGCCUAUGAUUUAGGAUUGGUAUACAUCGAUGAAUCAACUCUUGAGAGUGAAAUAUAUCCUUUAAUGAAAAAGCUCGAAACUACUCAAAUUUCUUGUAUUGAAUUAUUUUAUACUACUCCUUUUUCUUUGUUAAUUGGUUCUGAAGGCUUCAAACUCCAAAGUUUAUAUUCCGUGUUUAAAGUUGGUGAUAACUUUCCUCAGAAAUGUGGCUCAGAAAAUAUCCAAAAUUUACUCCUUCCAUUGCACUUUUAUUUUGACGAAGAGUUGUGGCAUAAAAUAAUGGUUGAAACUAGCACUGUAAACACGCAUCAGCCGAAUCGUUUGAAUAUGGACUCUAUUCAAAUUGAGGCAGGAAUUAUUGUUCAAAGCAACUUUAGGAUUUACUGCUAUACAGCAUCUCCAUUACAGGCCAAAAUUCUUAGGCAUCUAUGCCAAGUAAAGGUUCGUGGCCCAAACAUUAUUUGCGGAAUAUUAUCCAGGAAAGGUUUAUUGUCUGCAUAUUCAAUGGGAGUUUCGGCUGAACAAAUACUUAGAUUUUUUUCAAGCAACGCACAUCCAAUGAUAUUAAGACGAUUUAUGUUAGAAGGAACUAGCAUUGUACCCAUGAAUGUGGAAACUCAGUUGAAGUUGUGGGAGAAAGACAGAAAUAGGCUCAAGAUUUCUCAUUCAAGCACCUUUUCGGAUUGGGGAACUAGCACUAAUGACAUUCAAUUAUAUAGCCAAACGGUACUAUAUGCGAAAAGUAAAGAUAUUCUUCUUUACAAUGUUCCCAUUGAAAUAAUAGAAAAGGAACUGAAUAAUGGAGGUUUUGAAUUACAAAAAAAAAUAAUAUUGGUUAUAAAACAAGAAUAUGAAGAUGACAUUAAAACUUUUAUUCGAACAAAAAGAGAAGUUAUUAAUAGAUAA